AUGAAAAAUAAAUUAUGUUCAUAUGAAGAAUUUCAAAAUGAAGCUCGAAUAAUAUCUGAUGAUAUUAAUUGUAAAUGUUUAAUUAAAAAUGAACUUCAAGUCUGUGAAGCUGAUUUUUUGGCAAUACAAAAUUUAUGUGAAGAUCUUCAUGAACAAAAUAUAUUUUAUAAAAAUGGCCUCACUGAUCCUCAUCCUAUCAUCGGAAUCUUAAUAAUGCCAUCAGGUGCAACAGGUUGUGAAAAAGCUUUUAUGUUUGUCAAAAACUUGCCGUAUAAAAUGCUUGUCUCGAUUACAGUUAGUGGUGUUCAUAAGUUAUUGACACUUCUUGUUAUCACGUAUGUGAAUCUCAAUCAUUUACCUGCUCAAAAAUUACUUGAAAUGCUUGCCAAAAAAUGUAAAAAAAGAAGUUGA